AUGGAUAUCCAGUGGGUCCAGCAAUGGGCACAAUGGCCCGAAGGCCGUUUCAUAUAUGCUCUUGCCGAAUCAGGCGGGGCGAAAGUGGUGGGUAACGUGGACGAGGCGGAGGUGGUCGUCACCGCAAUCGGGAUGAGGAAGAGAUUGGAGAGGCAUGUUUCUUGGAACAUUGCUAAAUCUAAAUCCCUUGUCACACCAGCUUGGCUGCGUGACUCUCUCCACAAAGGUACUCCUCAGUCCUGCGGCGACUACGCCGCCAUCCCCGACCUCCAACCGAGCACCGCGGCCAACUGCCCCACCGAUGACUCUGACUCUGGCUCUGGCUCUGACUCUGACCCUGACCCGCCCACCAUGAAUAAUAUAAAGGAAUCUCUUCCGUCAUCAGCACCGCCAAGUCGCUCCGGUCAUUCUAAACCGUCCUCGGCGCGUUCUGACAUCCAUAGCAGCAUCCCGGCUAGUCUUCUCCCGCCGAACCCACCGACGGCGUUUAAUCCCAAAUCAUUGGAUCCUCUGGCGAAGUUUGCGUGUGAGAGGCCGAGCCCAUUGAAAUGUGUAAAUCAGAAGUUGGCGGAGGAUUUGGAUGUGAUGAGGAAGUGGAGGGAGCUGGACGGUGAGGAGAGGAGCGCGUUGAGUUAUCGGAAGGCUGUCUCCGUGGCCUAUCCUACAAAGAUUAACUCUACGAGAGAUAUUCAGAGGUUACCCUUCGUUGGGUCUAAGAUCUCGUCCAUGAUCGAACAAUUCAUCGACCAAGGAUACAUAUCCGAAGUCCGCACAACCCUACACUCCGCACGCUUCAAGACCCUUACCGUCUUCAACUCUAUCUACGGUAUCGGCCCACACACGGCUCGUCAGCUGUACGCACUCGGGCUUUCGUCGUUGGAGCAGCUGGAACAGUAUUAUGAUGUAGAGGGGGCUUGGGAUGAUGACGAUGAUGCGGAGGGAGCGGGAGGAGAGGGAGAUUCUGAGAUCCCGGCGAGUAUAGCUGAUGCGAAACGUGAAAAAUCAGCAAAGUACGGUCACAGUGGUGGCGGUGGGCUACCCUCGCCUCCGGCGUCUGAACAGAGCGAAAUACGGCAGGAAUCUCCAGCUCUACUACCCGAAGAAGCGGAAGCGGAAGCCUUGACGGCUACUUCCAAGGAAAGGCCGAAGGAUAUCAAGUUGAGAGGGAUAACGACGAUGUUGGACGAGGAAGAUGUGGGUGCGAUGCCGAAGGAGGAGAUCAAGGAGAGUUGGAUAAAGAUCGCGUUGGGGCUGAGGGAGGACUUGAGUGUGAAGAUUCCGCGCGACGAGGUGAGAGAGAUUCAUCGCGUCAUCAUGGGAGAGCUGGACGAGUUGCAGCCAGGGUGUGUUAGUACCAUUGUUGGAGGAUAUAGGCGCGGUAAAGAAGAGAGCAACGACGUCGAUGUUGUGUUCACGCAUCCGGAUCCUGAGAAGGCGAAGGGUUUGUGUAAGCGCUUGAUGCAUGUUUUGUAUGAUAAAGGACUCGUAACCCACGUCAUGCACCUCUCCAGCUUCCACGCCCACAACGCCCUCCGUACGACACACUGGGACUCCCUCGAAAAAUCCCUCACGGUAUUCGUCCUGCCCGGCACGUCGCCUAUUUACCCGCUGCCCUCCGAUCACGACCCUUCUAAAACUAGAAGGAGGAGAAGGAGAGUAGAUUUUAUAUUCGCGCAGCCGAAGACUUAUUGGACGGCUGUCGUUGGGUGGACUGGAUCGAUGAUGUUCGAGCGAGAUCUGCGCAGCUGGGCGAAGAAACGAGGCCUCAAGUUCGAUAGUUCCGGAAUUACCCGCCGUCGAGACUCGAAGCUGAUCUACCCGCGGACGGAGAAAGAAGUGUUUGACGUGCUUGGGUUGCCGUGGAUCGACCCGACGAUGAGGAAUGCGGACGUUUGAGGGACUAGUCUGGCCAGUCACCUCCUCAUCACUGGGACUCACGAUGUUUGGGUGUAAGGGUGUUCAAGAGUCGAAGAUUUAGGCAGGCAUUAGUCGAUAGUUAUUCGUUUUUAUCUUGUUGUAAUUGUGUUUUUCGUUGUAUUCAUUCUCUUGAUUUGAUCGUUGUUCUC